AUGGACCCGCACGAAGCCGCGGAGAAGAUGCUGCACUGUCGGUACACGGUCGACGAUUGCAAGGCCGGCAAGGCUUUCGGCGAGUACGCUCAGACCAUGUUGAAGUAUGCGACUCGGCUCGCGUGGCUGAUGAUCCGCCUCAUUCCAAAGGAGGCGCUGGGGUUUGCCUCCGCAACCCCCGCCCAGAACCGGGUAGUCGACUGGAUAGCGUUUAUGCGCCUCGCUUAG